GUGAGAGCAGCAGGAUAUCGACAGACUCUCUACAUGCGGAUAUUGAAGUUGUUAGUUCUAGAGAUGCAGUAGCUGUCUAACCGUGUAGAAAAUUCAAAGUUAGACUUUUGUUUUAGUCGUUUGUGUAGAGGGACCGGCCCUCUCUAUGGAGGAUCCAAGUGUGUCCUCUAGUGAUGAUAGCCUACCGACAGCCGCUAUAGCAAUUAUUGCUUGCAGCUGUUGGAUUGGAGUGAUUAUUGUCUUACUUCUGAUCAGACAAUGUUGCAAGGAUCGCGGGCUGUUGCCUAAUUGUGAUUGCGGUCAAUGCCAAUGCUGUGAGGACACAGGAGAACCAUCCUGCCUUUCUGCAUGUCUGCGAUCACUAGGAGAAACGUGUGACUGUACAGCACCAAGCACGAGAGCCUGGUGUGACUCAGUAUGUCCAUCAAGAGAGAGUUGUCAUCAAUGCUGUGACUCGUGUACAUCUUGUUUCGCCUGUUUGCAAGCAGAAGGUGACUGCUGUCAGGGUGACUGCUGUCAGGGUGAACAAUGUGACUGCGGCCAAUGCUGCACUUGCCCAGAAUGUCCAGACUGCACAUGUCCAAGUAUCGAGUGUCCCAACUGUGCUUGUGAAUGCCAAACUCCUCAGUGUGAUGUCAUAUAUUGUUUCUGCUGCCAAAUAACACUGAGUGGUGCUCAAGGCAGACCAAGGUAGCGAAUUAAUAGACGACUAAUUAUUUGUUCAGAAUUA